AUGGAUCUUUCCGCGCAGACCGUCCUCAAGAUCGCCGCCGUGUCCUCGACCGGGUACAGCGCGCAGAUGCUCGCCGCCCCCGACUGGGCGAACAGCUACUACUACAAGGCCGGCCACCCGAAGAACGAGAACUGGCAGCGCUGGUUCGGCCACGGCCUCGCGGGCAUGGCUCUCGCGCAAGGCCUCGCCUCCGGCGAAUCCACCGCGAACAAGGCGGUCCUCCUCGCGUCUGGCGCGCAGUACGUCACCGCGCCGCUCAUGAUGCUGACGCAGAAGGACGACUUCAAGCCCGCGCAGAUCGCGCUCAACUCCGCGAUCUGCCUCGGCAUCGGCGGUCUCUGCCUCAAGGCCGGGCUCAAGAAGUGA